AUGAAGAACACUCUGCGCAGCCUCUUCGGGCGUAAGCCCAAGAACCAGGCAACGAACAAAAAUCUGGAAUCCAACCAAACACCAGCCGUUGUUACAAAACCUGAGUCCGGACCCCGACAAUUUGUUGCCCCGGAUCCAUUCGAGUCGGAAGCGCAGUUCCAAGCAGUCAAGGACCACGUUCAGAGCCUAGCAGCAACGAACCCGGAGCAUUUCGCCAUGAUCUCUCGUGCAGCAAGCUUCAGGACCGCGGAAUUCUGGAUGAUGCAGAACUUCUCAGAUGCACAGGUCGUAAACUCGGGAUGUUUCCCUGGUGAUAUCAGCACGCUGGGCGAGAAUGUACGGCCCGAGGACACGCAGUUCUUCGUCGCGAUAGAUCCUGGCAAUCCGAGGAAAUUCAUUGCUGUGAAUUUGGUGGUGUUCAACUCGGCAUUCAUGAUGCCGGGGAGCGGAGACGCUCUGGAGACGUCGGAAAUGAAGGCUGCGGAGGAAGGGCUGCUGAAAAUGUUGAGGGAAUGGCACAAAGAUGGGAUGAGCGAUGGGUUUCUUGUGAUUUUGUCUAUGGGGAUGGAUUUGGAAAUUUGGAAUUUCUCGGGAAAGGACGGACUCGUUGAUAUUCCUGAGGGAAUUGAUAUCGUGGCGAAGAAGGUAACGGAGGAUUGA